CGGACCAGUGGCGCUGCCCCGCACAACAGCCGCAACCUCGAGCACGACCCAAAGAACCAGCAACCAGCACAGCAACAGUCACUGCCGUGCCAUAGCGAACCAACCCCGGGGGUCCCUUUCUUUCACACCGCUCGAGGUGGUCCUCCCAGGGUCUUCCUGACUAGCCCGGUACCUGAUCGCGCGAACGAGAGGACACCCCGACAAUACCGCCACCUCCACCCCACCGACUUCAGAUCUCGGGACUCGCAGACCCUGUACAAGUGUGGAGAUGACGUCAUCGUCGAGCAGACGCCUCCUGGUGGUGGCCGGAGUCACGCUGUGGCUGGCCUGCCUGUGCGUGAGCGCGUUGCCUAAUGAGACAGGUUCGAAGCCUGGCGUCACGGCCAGCGAGUCCGUGGCCGCGCCGGUCAUCGGCGGAGCACCGCCGGCGUCUCGGAGAGCACCUCGCCUCGACGAGCGCAAGUUCAAGUACGACGCGGACCCCAAGAAGGAGCUGACGCAGUUCAUGAAUACCAAGAACCUGGUCAAGACGCUCGUCAAACUCGUCUUCGGCAGUGACGAAGAGAGUGCGGCCACGUCCAGGCAAGGGCAGAUCCUGAACCUGCUGGUGACCGUGCUGGACAUGCUGAAGACGACGUUCGGCAACCGCGCGCGGUCGUCCACGGCGCGGGGAUUCCGCGGUGCGUUGGACGACGCAGCGCUUGCGGGAACGACCAUGCUCAAGGGCUUCGUCAAGUCCGUCAUGACCAAGGACGACAACUGCAUGCAGCGAUACCUGUGCGAAGCCAGCCGGGACGCCGUCAAAGAAGCGCACGAGGUCGGCUACCUCGUGGCGCAGUUUGGAGGGUACGCGGCAAGUUACGCACUGCAGGCCCAGAAGGCGGCUCCGAUGACACGCAGCUACAAUGCCACCCGGAGCGGCCGCAGCGGCGAGGACUGUUUCAACCUCUACAGCGCAUGCAACGAGACCGACUGAGGGACAAUCACACGCAUCCGUCACCGGCCGGUACCGGUUAUCAUCGUUCCCAUCAUCCACCACCACCGCCACGAGCGCCCCCGUGUGUGUGUGUUCUUCUUUUUUUUACUCCUUCCUGCAAGCCUCAGUUUUGCCUGUCCGCGCCACCCACGAUUAUUUAUAGCAUUCGCGAAAGCCGCACGACCGCCGCGCCCCCUAUACCACGACGCUGGAACAACCGGGGCGGCAGCCGUGCACUUGUUCUCUUCUUCACCCGGUACUCUUAUGCACAGCAGACGCACCCUCCGAGAAUGACUUCAUCAAACUCAUUAAAACAACAUUCAAAAAAGCU